AAGAUGACUGACGUGAAAAGCGUAUCAUCCGUGGAGGUUCCAGAGGGGAAGUUAAUAAAGAAGGGUUCCAUCAAGAAGAAGAUUGAAUCAUUACGGCGAUGGAGUUCAGCAAGUAUAAAGAGGCCUCCAAAGCCCAAGGCCAAGACCUUGAGCCUGUCUUCCCCUGUGGGAGAGCCAGAAGAUGUCUGGCUUCAAGAGGGAGACCGGAGAAAGCUGCGACCCAUCGUGGACUCCGUCUUUGGACAGGGGGAGUUGCCUGUAGAACGACAUGUCACCCCAUUGGCUGCUGCCAUGCUGGGGGGCCUGGGAGGUGCAGAUGAAGUUGACACAGAUGACGAGGAGGAAGGAGGGAGUGAGCGGGACUUCGAUGAGCCCCUGUGCGCUCUGGUUAAGAACUGCAACAUGCUGCACAACCUAGUGGGGCCUGCUUGUAUCUUCCUCAGACAGGGCUUUGCACAGAGCCAGCUUGACAGAGAUCUACGACCAGAGGAAAUGGAAGAACUGCGUGAGGCAUUCAGGGAGUUUGACAAAGACAAGGAUGGCUUCAUCAGCUGUAAGGACCUGGGCGAGUGCAUGAGGACUAUGGGAUAUAUGCCAACAGAGAUGGAACUUAUAGAGCUCAGUCAGCAGAUCUGUGGUGGCAGAGUGGACUUUGAGGACUUUGUGGAACUGAUGGGUCCUAAGAUGCUCGCAGAGACUGCAGACAUGAUUGGAGUCAAGGAGCUGAGGGACGCCUUCAAAGAGUUCGACUCUGAUGGUGACGGUCAGAUCAGCCUUGGGGAGCUGAGGGAAGCCAUGAAGAAGCUAAUGGGAGAGCAGCUGAACCACCAUGAGAUAGACGAGAUCCUGCGGGAUGUAGACCUCAAUGGGGAUGGACAGGUGGACUUUGAAGAGUUUGUGCGAAUGAUGUCUCGCUGA